CGCCGUUGCUGUUGCUGGCACGGAGCAGGAGGAACGCAGAGAGGGAAAGGGGGCUCGGAGUACGGGGAUAUCGUUGCAACCAUGCUGAAUCAGGCGAAGACCGCGGUUGGAAUGGCUGCGCGGAGAGUGGGGCGAAGCUUGGAUGGGAUGGGCGCAGCUCUCGAGACGCACCCCUACACCGAGAAAUUGUUGGCGUCCACAAGGAGCGUCGGGCACAAGGGCAAGGUGCCAUCGACGGCACAGGCUUCCUUCGUGGCCCCCAACGCUUCCGUCAUCGGAGACGUGAAGGUUGGCGAGGGGGCGUCCCUGUGGUACGGCUCCGUGGUCCGCGGGGACGUGAACCACGUCGUCAUCGGCGCCGGCAGCUCGGUCGGCGACUCGGCGGUCGUGCACGUGGCCGGGCUCGCGGGCAACAAGCCCACCAUCGUCGGCAACAACGUGGUGAUUGGCCCCAGAGCUACCAUCCACGCGUGCACGCUCAAGGACGACUGCAUGGUGGGCGCGGGCGCGACGGUUAUGGACGGGGCGACGGUGUCGAGCGGAGCGAUGGUGGCGCCGGGGGCUACCGUCUCCCCUAACAUCACGGUGCCGACCGGACAGCUGUGGGCAGGCACUCCCGCGGUGUACGUUAGGGAUAUCUCCGAGCUGGAGGCCGCUUCGAUAGUCACCACGGCAGCGGAAACUCAGGCGCUGUCUCUAGCGCACGCGUCGGAGUGCGAGAAGGGGCCGCUGGAGAUCGAGCUGGACGAGCGGAAGUGGGAUGAAAAGGCCAGCCGCGACCCAACUUACGUGUUCCAGGUGCCUGAGGAGGGGGACGACAACCUCGCCUACAACGACGUGGAAGGGCAGGGUGUCCCCGGGCGCGUCUUCAAUACCAACCUGCGCUCGCCGGACGUGGAGUACGAGCCGCCCACGUACGAGGGAGACAUGGCCGCCGGCAACGACGCCGAGGAGGGCGGGAAGAUGCCUCACGUCGCCGCCGAAGCAAAAGCUUAA